AUGACUAAAAAUCAAUAUGAUUUCAAAAAGGAGAUGAAUGAAUGGUUUAGAAAACGGAAGGAUUCGGCGGUAUGUUUUUUUUGUUUUUUAUUUAAAUAUUUGAAAACAAUAUUCAGCACAAUGAUUUCAGGAAGCUCUUCAAGCAUUGGAAAAUUCGAUAUAUGAUUUUGAAGGAUCAUAUUUGGCCGAGAAAAAUGGAGAAUCAAAUUUUUACAUUGGAUGGUCGCAAUUGCUCAAAACAAGAAAAAUCCAGAAGAAAAAAGAAAAUUCAAACAAAGAAGGGGAUGAUGUUUUGUGAGUUUAUUUUCUAAAAUUUAAAAUUUGAAUUUCCUAAAAUUUAUUUCGAAUCUUUAAUUUUAAUUUAUCUUAUCCAUGUUUCAAUUUUUAUCAAAAUCUCAGUUUUUUAUAACCCAAAGAAUAUAUUUCAGUAUAAAAGAUGAUGAACGAUUAUUCUCAAAAAGUUCCGUUACUUCACGUGUCUACAAAAAACCAGAAAUAAAAACAUCAAAGAAUCCGGAUGAAUCAGACGAUAAUCAAGUAUGUUUUCGUAUUUCUUUUAAAAUUAAACAAAUUCUUCUAUUUCCAAUUUUUCAGACGCCAGUGAGGACAUCAAAACGAAAAAGAAUAAUAUAAUCAAAACAUUUCAUUUGUUUGCUGAUAUUAAUUGUAAAUAUAACAAUAAAGUACAAAUUUCAAAUUUUAAUUGAUUUUUUCUUGUUUUCAACAAUUCAGUUUCGCACUGUUUGAUAUCUUAAUAAUUUUAUAUUUCAUUCAUUUUUUGCAACAUUUUUUUGCAGAUGAGAUCUAACAAAGAUGAUGUAUUUUCGUAUGUUUAUAGUUGCGAAAUACAUUCAAAUGUUCAAUUAAGAGUUGUUGAAUUUGAGGGAAUAUUUAGAGAUCCAGAAAAUCCAACGAAAAGAUUGACACAAUUAUUUGCGGAAGUUAUGGUAAAUCAUGAAUAUUUAACUCAAUCAGUCAUAUGUUUUUCAUUCAGGUUUAUUGUAAUAAUCGUCCAGUUGGUUAUCCAGUUUCAACAUCUUUCAAAAAUAAUUCAGAAGUAAAUCGACAAAAACUUCAAGAUUGGAGUGAAUGGUUGACUCUUCCAAUUCGAUAUUCUGAUCUUUCACGAGAUGCAUUUAUUCAUGUAACAGUUUGGGAAGUUGAUAUCGAUAAAACACCACUUGAUGCAACAUUUUCUCGAAAUCUAAUUGCACAAGCACAUCUUCCAUUAUUCAGUAAAAGAGGAAUUCUUCGAUCUGGUGUUAUCGAUUUACAAAUGACAACUGAAACUCGAGAACCGGAUCCAUUUUUGAAAUUUAAACAAACUUGGAAAUAUUCAGAUAAUUGGAAUAGUAAUGUUGAACAUUUGUUCAAACAAUUUAAAAGACAUAAUCGAGGACAAAUUGAACAUGUUCCAUGGUUGGAUCCUUUUACAUCAAGAAAAAUUGAACAAAUUCGAUCACAACAAAAACAUUCAAAUUCAUUGACACGAAAUGUAUUUAUUGUUAUAAAUAUGGCGACAGUUCGUUUGGGUUUAAAUUCAUAUGAGAUUGUUUAUUAUGAAGAUGAAUCAAAACAUGUGAGUUUUAUAAAUUUAAUAUUUGAAAAGUCGAUAAAAAUGUUCAGCUUCGAAUCAGCGCAUCUCUCGGUGGUGUUGCACUUCCUUUUACACGAACAUCAGCCGCUGAUCCAGAAUUAAAUAUGGAAAAUUUGGCAGAGAUCAAACAUAAUAUUAUGACACGAAGAAUUCGAGAUGGAGCUGGAGAUAGACAAUUAAAACCCAAUAAACAGGCAAAAGAUCGAUUGGAAACUAUUAUGAAGGUUAGGGAAAACUACAUUUUUGAGAAACGAUUCAAAAAAUAAGCACACAGACUGGAAACAACUUGAGAACUUGGAAAAAAUUAUGAAGAAAAUGAUAUCAAAUUUUCAAAAAUGCAACUUUUCACCUUAAUUUUAAAUGUAUUAAUUUUCUGAAAUUUUGAAAAUUUUUUUAAUUUUCAUGAAAAAAUCAUAUUUUUCAAAUUGCCACGUUUUCCAGUUCACGUUCACGUUGAAAUAGAUUAUUUUUAAAAAAUAAUUUCAUUUCCACUUUUUUUGCAGUUACCAUCUUCUCAACAAUUAACACGAGAACAACGCGAUUUGGUAUGGAAAUUCCGAUAUUAUUUGAAAGAAGAUAGAAAAGCAUUGAAUAAAUUCCUGCGAUCUGUAAAUUGGGAUCAGCCGCAAGAAGAGCAAGCUGCUUUAGCAUUAAUGAAUGAUUGGGCUUUGAUUGAAGCUGAAGAUGCUCUCGAAUUAUUAUCACCAGCUUUUACUCAUAAAUCAGUUCGAGCCUAUGCUGUUUCUCGUUUGCUCAAUGCUGCAAGUCCUGAACAAGUAUUACUGUAUCUUCCUCAAUUGGUUCAAGCUUUGAAAUAUGAACCAAGUGUUCCAAAUGAUAAUUCAUCUGAUGGAAAUACUGUGCAACCAAUUGAAGGACAUGAAAAAGAUAAUAAUUGUGAAUCAAAAUUGAAUGGAGAUCUCGCAACUUUUCUUAUCGAGUAUGUUUGUUAUUUUGUAAGUCAACAAUUAUUUUUAUAUUUCAGCAAUUCGGUUGUUUCUCCUCGUAUGUCAAAUUUCCUCUAUUGGUAUCUUAAAGUUGAAAUUGAAUCUGCAAAACAAACAAAUGACGAAGGAGUUGAGAAAGUGAGUGAAUUACUUCAUUUUUUUUAAAUUUUCAAAAUUUUAGAUGUAUUCUGCUUUACAAGAUCGACUUCUUGCUGCUUUGAUGAAAAAAGAUGAGACAAAAAUAUUGGCAGAAUCAUUGAAUAAUCAAAUUCAAUUUGUUGAAGAUUUGAAGAAAAUAACAAGUGAAUCGAAAUCACGUGGAGGAAGUCAUGCAACAAAAGAAUCAGCUUUGAAAACUCUUUUAUCUCGUGAUAAACAUAUGUGUGAUCUUCGAAAUGUUUCACUUCCACUUGAUCCAAUAAUUCGACUAACAUCUUGUAAUGCUGAUAAUUCUGCAAUUUUCAAAUCUGCACUUUUGCCAGUCAAAUUAUCAUUUAAUAUUCAACAUGGUGAUACUUAUACAUGUAUUUUUAAACAAGGAGAUGAUUUGAGACAAGAUCAAUUAAUUAUUCAAAUGAUUCGAUUAAUGGAUACUUUGUUCAAAAAAGAUCAACUUGAUUUGAGAUUGACACCGUAUUCUGUUUUGGCAACUGGAAUUGAUGAAGGAUUUGUGCAAUUUGUUAAAGCUCGACCAUUGCGAGUUAUCACAGAUCAAUAUAAAAAUGAUAUUAAAGAAUCAAUGAGAGAAGCAAGACCUGGUUUGUUUUUUUGUAAAAUGAAUAAGCAAUCAAUAAAGUGUUUUUUUUUAGGAGAUGGACCAUUCGGAAUUGAACCUGAUGUAAUUGAUAAUUAUGUUCGUUCACUUGCUGGUUAUUCUGUUAUUACUUAUGUUCUUGGAAUUGGAGAUCGACAUUUGGAUAAUGUUCUUCUCUGUGAAAAUGGUAAACUAUUCCAUGUUGAUUUUGGUUUCAUUUUGGGACGAGAUCCUAAAUUAGGACCACCUCCAAUGAAAUUAACUGCUGAAAUGGUUAAUGCAAUGGGCGGAGUCAAUGGAUCACAAUUUUCUGAUUUUGUACAAUAUUGUGAUUCGGCAUAUAGAAUUCUUCGGAGACAUUCAAAUAUUCUACUCAAUUUGUUUUCAUUGAUGUUAGAUGCUGGAAUUCCAGAUAUUGCAAGUGAACCUGAUAAAGCUCUUUUCAAGGUAACCAAAAUAUUUUGUCGGUUUUCUUUUCAAAGAUACUUUGUUCAGAUCGAACAACGUCUUCGACUCGAAUUAUCCGAUGAAGCUGCCACAAAACAUAUUUUCAGUCAAAUUGAAACGAGUAUUCAUAACUCGAAAUUGGGUACAUUAUCGGAUAUUAUUCACGGAUGGAAAGUUAAUUUGAUGUAA